CAUUAAUUUUUUUUUCGGAUUCGGAAAAGUUUUUUGAGAUUUUGUGAAUUUUUCUUUUCGAAAGUGUUUAAUUUGUGUUUAAUUAUUUAAUUUUUAUUUAAUAUUAUUAAAAAUGACGGUGAACGGAAGUGCGGAUAAUGUUCGAGAGAAAGCCUUGGCUGACUACCGUAAAAAAUUAAUCGAACACAAAGAAGUGGAAAGUCGGCUCAAAGAAAUGCGAGAGCAACUAAAAGACCUCACCAAACAGUACGACAAGUCUGAAAAUGAUUUGAAAGCUUUACAAAGCGUCGGUCAAAUCGUAGGAGAAGUUCUCAAACAACUCACCGAAGAUAAAUUUAUAGUCAAAGCUACGAAUGGACCGAGAUACGUUGUUGGUUGCAGAAGACAACUCGAUAAAACAAAGCUCAAAUCCGGUACUCGUGUGGCUCUUGAUAUGACUACCUUGACUAUUAUGCGUUAUUUACCUCGUGAAGUCGAUCCUUUGGUUUACAAUAUGUCUCACGAAGAUCCUGGUGAAGUCACGUAUUCGGCGAUUGGUGGUCUUAGUGAACAAAUUCGCGAAUUGAGAGAAGUUAUCGAAUUACCUUUAAUGAAUCCGGAGCUUUUUCAACGUGUUGGUAUUACUCCGCCGAAAGGAUGUUUGUUAUAUGGACCUCCUGGAACUGGAAAAACCUUAUUGGCUCGUGCUGUUGCCAGUCAGCUAGAUGCUAAUUUCUUGAAAGUGGUAUCGAGCGCUAUUGUUGAUAAAUAUAUUGGUGAGAGCGCUCGACUAAUUCGAGAAAUGUUCAACUAUGCUAAAGAUCAUCAACCUUGUAUUAUUUUUAUGGAUGAAAUCGACGCUAUCGGUGGUAGAAGAUUUUCCGAAGGAACUUCGGCAGAUCGUGAAAUUCAACGUACGCUGAUGGAACUUCUGAAUCAAAUGGAUGGUUUCGAUUCAUUAGGACAAGUUAAAAUGAUCAUGGCUACUAAUCGACCAGAUACCUUAGAUCCUGCUUUGUUGCGUCCCGGUCGUCUUGAUCGUAAAAUCGAAAUUCCUUUACCAAAUGAGCAAGCUAGAUUAGAAAUUUUGAAAAUUCACGCCAACUCGAUUACCAAACAUGGCGAAAUUGAUUACGAAGCUGUGGUUAAAUUGUCAGAUAAUUUCAACGGUGCUGAUUUACGUAACGUAUGCACGGAAGCUGGUCUUUUCGCCAUUCGAGCCGAAAGAGAAUACGUUCUACAAGAAGAUUUCAUGAAAGCCGUUCGUAAAGUAGCGGACAACAAGAAACUAGAGUCGAAGUUGGAUUAUAAACCAGUCUAAUCGAAAUGAUUUACGUUUGUAUAUAAGGUUAUUAAUACGUGUUUCAAAAAGUUAAUUUUUUUCUCGAUAUUUUAUCUAAGAAAUACAUUAUACAUAUUUUGUACGGUUGUCA